AUGCAAGAUCGAUCCAGCGGCCGAGGUGCCAUGCUCCCUGAUGCGUCUUCUUCGUCGUCGUCGUCUUCGUCAUCAGCAGCAGUACGAGCACCAUCAGCAUCACAAUCGGCCUUCCUCUCCGGUAGAGCGUUCCAGCUUCAGGCAGACGACGAGUCGCUCAGAUCUAGACCAGCAUAUCAGACGGCCAGCAUCGCCAAUGACGCGGACCCCAUCUUCGAACCAGCAGCAAGCAAUCGCUCAACCCGUAGUCGUGCUCGCGCUGGCACUCUCCCAUCCAGCUGGGGCGAUGUUAACCCUCCACCCCAGCAUCUCUCUCAACCAAUUCGCCAGCCAGCACUCUCCCACCUUUCUCCCGCAUCCAGUCAGAAUGUGCAUAGGAUCACGACAUCGGACAUCGUAGGGCAGAGCCAAGCUGCUCAGGGGCCUGCGUCCCUCAAUUCAUCUCCCCUCGCUCAAGAUAUGGCUACAUCGUCCGCUUCGCAAAGAUUUCGAUCCGGCUCUUUGACCAUGCCAUCCGCAAAUCUCUCCAACGCAUUCGGACCGUCCUUCUUUUCGACUCACUGGCAACCUACGCGCUCCGGCCUGAGUACGAUGACAUCGGCUGCCACUGACGAGGAAUCAGGCUCUCCCUCCGUGAUUGGCGAUGGACUCGGGCCACGCUUCUCUUUCGACAACGCAGACAUGCUAGACUACUUGGGUCUAGGCAGCACAGGCUCCAACGAACACGAGGGCCCCUUCUCUGCAGCUUUCAAGCAGCAGACUGAGUCCGACUAUGGCUCCGCCGACUCCGACCCGUACCUCGCCUCGGCCAAUCUGCGCAAUCGCUCUUCCACGCUCGGCGUCCAUCAGUUGCGACCCAGUCUAAAUAACAGCGGAGGUCGUGCUCGCAGUAGCAGCUACUUGCCUUCCUUCAGCAUCGAUACCGCGGCACCUGUCGCUGCGCCUUCAUCUCAGUCGCAGACACAGUCUGCUACCACCCGUUCUGGCAACGUCUCUGGGUCGCAGAGUCCUUAUGCCGGUCCAGCACCGCAUUCGUCCCUUCUCAACACCGCGCUUCACAACCGCCUACAGCAGUACAGCGCGGCGCCGUCGGCUCAGUCUUCUCAACUCGACGACCCUGUCCAAACAAGUGCGAAUAGGCCCAGAGCAACGAGUAUGGGUGUGCUGGAUCACCCACAGUCUCGUGCACACCUACCCGGCACACUGACUCCCACGUACGGGCGCCAGGAAGCGAGUCUGGCCUCUGCGAACUCUGUCGGCCUCUACAAUCUACCGCCUGCAACUGCCGGCUCAGCACCCGGCAUUGAUGCUCAAGCCGAUCUUUCGGCGUUUCUCGCAAGCGGCAGGAACCGAGCCGGCACCAUUGCAGCCUUCUCUGGCCCUGGCGGCCGCGCAAGAGCGGAGCAAGAACUCUUGCGCAUGGCGCAACUGUACCACGAAGCGACGCGAGCGAGAGACGCUUCCAUCCGCCCGAGCUCAUCUGUCGUCGGCGAGGUGUCGCCGAACCUCGACGUGUAUGGACCGCCUCGACCGCAGCCGCAGCGAACUGUCUCAAGCUCCGGUGCACAAUCGCCGUUCAGUCAGGUGACACGAUCGUCGUUCACGCAGCCAACACGGACAUUGUGGAUUGGUCAUCUCCGACCAACAGUCCGAAGCGCAGACCUCAUGCAGAUGUUUUCACGCUACGGUCAGAUCGAGACGGUUCGUCUCGUGUCCGAGAAGAGCUGUGCUUUCAUCAACUACGUCGAGACUGCCGACGCAGUCCGUGCCAGAGAAGACAUUCUUGGACGGUUGGGCGGCCGUGUCGGUCUCGGCACGAUUGGGCCAGAAGGCCAAGUGCGUGUUGGAUUCGGAAAGCCCGAGAUCAUCCCUCAGGCGGGUUCCGGAGGCUUCACGCCGGUCGCGGACCUACCUGGGGGUGUGAUGGACGGAGCCGGUGCCGAAGCUUUCAGCACAGAUUCCGCAAGUCAAGAAGCUUCCCGAGCGUUGUGGGUCGGAUCCAUACCACCUUCCACGUCCACCGAGACCCUCGUUUCCAUCUUUGCACCUUUCGGACCGAUAGAGAGCAUUCGUGUGUUGACGAGCAAGAGUUGCGCGUUCAUCAACUACGAACGACUCGAGGAUGCCAUGGCAGCGCGCAAGGCCCUGCAUGGUCGCGAAGUGCUGGGUCCUGAAGUGGGCACGGUCAGGAUCGGAUUUGCCAAAGUGCCCGCCAGGGCUUCAGAUACCCACUUUGGCUCUCUCGAUCCUGGAUCCGCUGAAUUUCAAGCAGCCAUGGAGACACUCGCCGUCCUCUCCGGGGUUAGACCGUCCGACUCGAAUCUGCCCAGAACAUUUGGCGACGAUCGCUCCGUCGCUGGUGUCGAUGGCGCAUGGAGGCAACAUGCCGCGCUGGGCUCGCAAAGCCUCGCCCGCAACCUCAGUGCCGACUCUGCUCGACUUGCCCCGACAGGCGCCUCCGGUCGGCCAGCUGGCUUCCCCACGCACAGCGCUUCCAACAGCAUCGUGCCGAGCAGCGACAAGGGCGGGGUCCCUCUUCCAGCCGAGAUGCAGCCUAAGGCCACGAUCGACGAUCUACAAAUGCUGAUGCGACAACUCGAUGAGAGCGAUCCUGACGCCGAAGCAGACGCCGCCCAGAUGGCUCGACCUCGUCCGCUCAUCAACUACUCGACGCGCAUCCCUCCCGUUCCCGAACUCCCACCUGGCCGACGCUUCGACAACAACAGGCUCAAGGAAGUGCGCAAGCGUCUCGAGACGCCCAAUUGCCUCCCAUCCGAUGCCGACGCCAUCGCCCGGGACUACCUGCCCUGCGUCGUCGACCUCUCCUCCGACUUUAUCGGCAACACUCUCGUCCAAAAGUUCUUCGAGCGCUGCAGCGAACCGAUGAAGAAGACGAUGCUCGAGCUGAUUGCGCCGCACCUAGCCAUGAUCGGUGUGCACAAGAAUGGCACGUGGGCUGCGCAGAAGAUCAUCGACUGCACGCAGGCCGACGACCAACGGGCGCUGAUCAUGCAGCACAUCCGCGCGUACGUACCGCCGCUGUUGCUGGACCAAUUUGGCAACUACGUCGUCCAGCGGCUGAUCCCGUUCGGUCGACCGCACAGCGAUUGUAUCUUCGAGGCGAUGGUGGACCGCUGUUGGGAGAUCGCGCAGGGUCGGUUUGGAGCGCGGAGCAUGCGGACCUGCCUGGAGUCGCCUGGAGUGGCCAAGUUCCACAUCAAGCAGGUGGCGCUGGCGAUUGUGCUCAACUCGGUACCGCUGGCGACGAGCCAGAACGGUGCUCUGCUGGUCACUUGGUUGUUGGACGCCGCAAUGCUGCCGGGACGCUUCCGAUUGCUGGCACCGCGGUUCGCGCCCCAUUUGGCGAGUCUGUGUACGCACAAGCUGGCUUCGCAGACCGUGCUUCGGAUCGUCAGCCAGAAAACAGAUCUGGAAGCCUCGAGACAGCUGCUGCGGGUGCUCUUCGAGGGCUCGGGCAGAUCAACGUUGUUGGAAGAGGUUCUCAUCGAUCAAGUGCACGGCAGUCAGUUUGUGACGAAGAUCUUUGCGGAAGCCGACGUGUUGGAGGGCGCAGAGCGACAGCGGUGCGGGGAGGAGGUGAAGGAUCUGUUGAUCAAACACGGGUUGGUCAACAUGCCCCCGUAUCGGCCGCUGGCUGCCGAAAUGGGGCUGCUACCCACCGCGACUCACAGCGCAGCGCAACACGAGCAGGCGCAGGUUGGCUACGACGCCAGCUUGGAGAGGCAGUUGGCGAUGAUGAACGUCAGCACGAACGCAGGAGAGCCUUCCGCCUUCUAUGGUAACAGUGACAGAGGCACGGACUCAGACUUCGACCCAUGGUCCCAAUCAUCGGCAGCCAUGCAAGACACGGCAUUCAACUUGUACCGUCAACAGCAACAAUAUCAACCUCAGCAACCACACCAAUCUCAGGGAUACCAGCAGAGGAGCUUGCACGAUUCCAGAGCAUACUAUUAG